GUCAAUGACGUCAAAGUCGUGCGACUCUACCUGCUGCCAUCAACAAACGAGCGGGGAAUUUGAAGGAAGGAUUUCUCGGGAUUUUUGUGCGCGAUUCCCCUUGCUAAAUUCACUAGAACGACCAGACCAAAACAUCGAUUAGUUGUAGGAAUAAGUUGUAGGUUUAAUUUAUUCGUUACGCAAUCAAACAGCAACCGCGUUGUUUGUAACGUUAGCCGCUAGCCAUUUUGCUAUCCGACUGUAACUUUACUGCCUUCGCGAACUGGUCAAAUGAACAACUAAGUACAUUAGACGUUUAUUUGGUGAUUGUGGUAAGAUACGUGUAUCACACAUAUGUGGUUUCUCACGCCACGGCACUAGCUCACCGACUCGUUAGCCAACGUGAGCUAGCUUGCAAACUCAAACGUAUCCGCGAUGGACGAUACGUCAUCGACUGCGACUUGUAUUCCUCGUCCAUCUUUCCUUCGGAGAACAUUGGAGCAGUUAUCGACCAGGCAAUAUCUAAAACUAUCCGAGGAGGAGGAGGAAGCGGCGGCUAGCGUCGCCGUCAUCGCACUUCAGCGCUACUUGUGCGAACAAAAUGAAGGACAUCCGUGUGAGAGCUACAGCUACGACGUGACGGUCACCGACGGAGUGUGCCGGGCCAAAUGCUCCCUUCACCCAAGUUUAAAUCACUUGGUGCACACAAACAGCCUGAGGACGGGCUCGGACAUCAUCAUCGCGCAGUGCUCGUUCGUUUACAACGAGCGGUUCCUGGGUCACGGCUACAUCAGCGUCGAGAAGCUGAGGUGCGCCUCGGCAAAAUCCGCGCUGCUGUCUCGCAUUCGGGAUGUGAGCUCACUGCCCGUGCUGGUCAUGAGUGGAAUGGAGAGGAGCACCUUGCUCCAAAGCGACGUGCCCCUCGUGCUGAGCCGCAAACACUACCUGUCUCUAUGGAACAAUGAGUAUCCAGAAGGGGACGUGUGGAGCUCGGCGCCUCCCUCGCGUCACCCGCUGCUGGACGUGAACAGGAUCUCUCUUAUUAAUAGCCUGGAGUCAGCAUUCAGAGGCACAUGUAAACCUCUCCCUCUGCUGGUGAAGAUCAUUCAGAAAUCCAGAUUGAGGUAUUAUGGCAAGCUCGGAUCCAAGAUCGAUUUCCCCUACCAGGCGUACUUUGAAGUUGCUGACCAGAGUGGCACCAUGUCGCUUGUGCUUUGGAACGAACUCUGUCCCCAGUUUUACAACUCGCUCAGUGUUGGAACGGUGUUGCACCUCCAGAAUUACGCUCUUAAGCGGAGUUAUUCAAAUCGCUCACGGCCACAAAUGGACCAUUAUGGAAUCAAGAUGUUUACUUCAAUUGAAAUCUGCCUGAACGCUCGCAAUCCAGCUUCUAUUAUCACCGUAGUGCCACCGAAGGAUGUUCAGCCUCAGUGGUCAUUGCCCGACGUGUCCUAUCGCUUCGCCACAAGAUCCAAGAUGGAAACGUUGGCCAACAAAUCUGCUUGUGACGUCAUCGGUUUGGUGACAUUUGUUGGUCGUGUUGAAAGGAUAAAGAGUAAAGGUAACACAGGCCCUGAGAAGUACUGGUCGUUCCGCUGGGUCCACGCAGUGGAUGGAACAUCGGAGCAUCCUUUCGUCAUGGAAUUGUUUUCCUCUUCCCAACCAGAAAUCUUUGGCAGUAUAUGCCCAAUGAGUUACCUGGUGUGCACUCAAAUGCGAGUGUGUCAAGUGGAGGGCUCCUUGGCUUACCUCACCAGUAGCUGUGAGACAGAAAUGUUUGUUACAGGCUACCACAAGGGCCAACCAUACAAGAACGACCCCACAGUGAUGAACCUCAUGCAGUGGGCCAAGACUCUGAAGGACAAAGCGUUCCUCCGGAAAACGGCUGUUGGCGGCCAUUACUGCUACCCGCAUGCCCCGCGCACAUUCAUCCAUCCAGUGGCAGAGACCUCUGAGCAAGUUCCCCUUGUCUCUGUUUCUGACUUGAAGAAGGAGUUGGAGACCCUGCAGUAUAGAGAACAUAAAAAACUUGCCAUUCAGGGUCAAAUCACGGCUGUCAGAUAUGUGAAAAGGUCAAGCGUGACUGAGUCACAAGGUGCAAAAGAGGUGCCAGCUGAGUCCACGAGUGAACACGUUGUGUCAGAAGUGCCUGAUGCAACUUUGGCCUCAGCUGAACAAAUGUCUGUGAAUAAGAAACGGACGAUGAAGACAAGAAAUCUAGAGCAGAGUUCUGCGAGCAGUAUGCCGGCAAAACGGCGAGCCAGAAGUACGGAACAACGACAAGGGCCGCAGACGGAUGAGGGCGACUCGCAAUCGGGGCAACAGCGUGUUCAACCUCAAAAUAAAGGCUGCAAUGUGCUGACUUGGGAGAGCAGCGGGUGGUCAAGGCAGCAGCAAGAAGUGUCUUCGCGCUUGCGUCACGGCGCUCUUCAUCAGGACAGCGUUUCUCGAAGGUUCACCUCAGAUGACAAGAGCGCCCUCCUGCGGUGGAGCGACCUUCAUCCCAUGCGCUGGACGGCGGAGCAGUCUGCCGACGCGCUCCCGACCGCUGUUUGUCCAGGCUACUACCAGGUUACCAUACUAGGUAUGAACAAGCAAAUGGCUGUCGACGCAGCCUUUUUACCCGUCGCGCAUUCCAACGAGCCAAGAGCUGCAGGUCUUCCUCAGGGUCGUCAUGACAACACCAUGCUGUCUUGUCUCUCUUCUGGCUUCCUCUGCCCUCUUGGCGCCAUCGCCUCGGCCCACAGCGAGGCGUCACACCCCAGACCGGAGGACAUCAUAGCGACUGCCGGCGAGCUGGAGGACGCACAUUUGGUGUGUGUCUUGGACAUUUGUCACCUUGGUGGAGAGGAGGUGGAGGUACUGAUUAGCAAAGUCUACAAAGUAACUUAAGUUUCGAUUGAAACCAAAGAGACAUUGUUCUAAGGGUACCUAGCUAGUUUCCGCUUCCAUUAAUCUUGGCUUAUUUUGGAUAAGGGCGAUGUAUCACAUCUUAAAGAAAGCACUUAAUGGACAGGGUUGAGAGGGUUACUUUAAAAAUAUAUUCCGAUACAGUGCCUAGUUACUGAGUACUCUAAGGCCAAUUACGACAAAAUAAAUUCAAUAUCAAUCAAAUAAGUAUUCUAUA